GAAUCCUCAAACUGGACCCAACCACAAUAACAAUAAGAAGACCCAAGCGCUACGCGGAGAAUCAUCGCCAAUGCUUUCUACUACAGCCACUCGCAUCUUUUUCCGCACCGCAACUAUAACAUUACCAUCUUCCUCUUCUUCUUCUCUUCGAUUCUUCUCCAAUCCCAAACCCACCCUCUCUUCUCCUCUUCACACUUCAUUCAAACUACUCCCUUCAACGCCUUUGUCUUUCUCUUUGAGAACCGAUCACACCAUGGCCACCUCAACCACCAAAUCAGUCCAUGAUUUCACCGUUAAAGAUGCCAAGGGAAAUGAUAUUAAUCUUGCUGACUACAAAGGGAAGGUCCUUUUGAUUGUCAAUGUUGCCUCCCAAUGUGGUUUGACUAAUUCAAAUUACACAGAGCUGAGUCAGUUGUAUGAGAAAUACAAACAGAAAGGUCUGGAAAUUCUGGCAUUUCCAUGCAAUCAGUUUGGGGCACAGGAGCCUGGAUCUAACGAACAGAUACAAGAGUUUGUUUGCACUCGCUUCAAGGCUGAAUUUCCCGUUUUUGACAAGGUUGAUGUGAAUGGUGACAAUACUGCUCCACUCUACAAGUAUCUUAAAUCUAGCAAAGGUGGACUCUUUGGGGAUAAUAUCAAAUGGAACUUCUCCAAGUUCCUUGUUGACAAAGAAGGGAAUGUUGUUGAUCGUUAUGCGCCCACUACUUCUCCUCUGAGCAUUGAGAAGGACUUGCUGAAGCUGUUGAAUGCGUGAAGCAAUGAAUGAUUGGAGCUGCCAAUAAAUGAAUAGUGAUUAGAAUAUAAUUAUGAAUAAGAAAUGUAUUGCAGAUAUUGGUGUCAUUUCCUGUCUAUCUUACAUGUAUCGAAACAGUUGCUCGUGUGACUCUGAUAUUAGGUUCAAAACCAUGAAAUUGUAUACUUAUUAGUUAUUACUGUGCGAGUAUAAACUUGACCUUCGUUUUA